CAACUAGUGCAUCCACGCGCAGGCAGGGUCCGGCCGCCGCGGCUGCCAUGGAUAUCAGCUAAAGCCGGGAGGAGCGGGCACAGAGGCGCUCCCCGACCCAGCUCGCAGCCCGCGGGGCCGCCGGCCGGCACUGCCGCGGCCGCUGCCGCCCGCCCCGAGCCUGCCCGGAGAGCGCGGCUGCCCCGGGGAGUGGGGGCAGACAGGGAGGGGGGGAAGAAGCACGGACUGCAGGGAGGGAGUCGGGCAGAGCAUCCCCACGGCAAUGUCCAAGGGCUUGAAGAAGAAAAGCCACUGGACGAGCAGAGUCCACGAGAUCGUGAUCGUGAGGAACCCGGAGGGACAGCUGGGCUUCGAGCUGAAGGGGGGCGCCGAGAAUGGGCAGUUCCCCUACCUGGGGGAAGUGAAGCCCGGCAAGGUGGCCUAUGAGGGCGGCAGCAAGUUGGUGCCGGAGGAACUGCUGCUGGAGGUGAACGAGACCCCCGUGGCCGGGCUCACCAUCAGGGAUGUGCUGGCCGUGAUCAAGCACUGCAAGGACCCCAUCCGCCUCAAGUGCGUCAAGCAAGGAGGCAUUGUUGAUAAGGACCUUCGUCACUACCUCAAUCUCCGAUUCCAGAAAGGUUCGGUGGACCAUGAGCUCCAGCAGAUCAUAAGAGACAAUCUCUACCUCCGCACAGUGCCAUGCACCACAAGGCCACAUAAGGAGGGGGAAGUCCCUGGUGUGGACUAUAUUUUCAUCACUGUUGAAGAUUUUAUGGAAUUGGAGAAAAGUGGUGCUCUCCUAGAAAGUGGAACAUAUGAAGACAACUAUUACGGCACUCCAAAGCCUCCAGCAGAACCGGCUCCAUUGCUGUUAAAUGUGACAGACCAGAUCCUCCCAGGUGCCACUCCCGGGGCUGAAGGCAAACGUAAAAGGAAUAAGUCUGUGAGCAAUAUGGAGAAGACAGGCAUUGAACCACCAGAGGAAGAAGAGGAAGAAAGACCUGUGGUCAAUGGAAAUGACGUGACAGUAACACCAGAAUCAAGUGAACAUGAAGAGAAGAGUACAGCUGUCUCGGGUGAGGCAUCUACCACCCAGCCUUCUCCUGCACCAGGAUAUGGUCAACCUGAAGAAGCAAAGGAGGAUAUGGAUGUAACAAAACAGACUAAACCUGAAGAGAAUGAUGACUUGGGCCCACUGCCUGAUAACUGGGAAAUGGCCUAUACAGAAAAGGGGGAAGUCUACUUUAUUGACCAUAACACAAAGACAACAUCAUGGCUGGAUCCACGACUUGCGAAAAAGGCUAAACCUCCAGAAGAGUGCAAAGAAAAUGAGCUUCCGUAUGGCUGGGAGAAAAUUGAUGAUCCCAUUUAUGGCACUUAUUAUGUUGACCACAUAAAUAGAAGAACUCAAUUUGAAAACCCUGUCCUAGAAGCAAAAAGGAAGCUACAGCAGCAUAACAUGCCCAACGCAGAACUUGGAACAAAGCCUAUGCAGGCCCAAGGUUUCCGAGAAAAACCACUCUUCACCCGUGAUGCAUCACAGCUGAAGGGGACUUUCCUCAGCACAACUCUUAAGAAAAGCAACAUGGGUUUUGGAUUUACCAUCAUUGGUGGGGACGAGCCAGAUGAGUUUCUCCAGGUGAAGAGUGUAAUUCCUGAUGGGCCUGCAGCACAAGAUGGGAAAAUGGAAACAGGUGAUGUGAUUGUCUAUAUUAAUGAAGUUUGUGUCCUUGGACAUACUCACGCAGAUGUAGUCAAACUCUUCCAGUCUGUUCCUAUUGGUCAGAGUGUCAACUUGGUGCUAUGUCGUGGAUACCCUUUGCCCUUUGAUCCUGAAGAUCCUGCCAACAGCAUGGUGCCACCCCUUGCAGUAAUGGAGAGGCCUCCGGUAGUGGUAAAUGGAAGACAUAACUAUGAAACUUAUUUGGAAUACAUUUCUAGGACUUCUCAGUCUGUUCCAGACGUAACAGAUCGACCACCACACUCCUUGCACUCCAUUCCAGCAGAUAGUCAGCUUGAUAGCACAUUCCCACCACCUGCCCAUGAUGAUAAUGUAUCAAUGGCUUCUUCUGGGGCCACCCAAGCUGAACUCAUGACCUUAACCAUUGUGAAAGGGGCCCAGGGCUUUGGCUUCACUAUAGCAGACAGUCCUACAGGACAGAGGGUGAAGCAAAUUCUAGACAUUCAGGGAUGUCCUGGUUUGUGUGAAGGUGACCUCAUUGUUGAGAUCAACCAGCAGAAUGUACAGAACCUGAGCCAUGCAGAAGUAGUGGAUAUACUUAAAGAAUGUCCUGUUGGAAGUGAAACUUCUUUGAUUAUCCAUAGAGGAGGUUUCUUUUCUCCAUGGAAAACUCCAAAGCCUAUGAUGGAACGAUGGGAGAAUCAAGGCAGCCCUCAAACAAGUGUGUCUGCUCCAGCUAUGCCGCAGAAUAUUCCCUAUCCACCCACUCUUCACAGGAGUUCAUUUCCUGAUUCAACAGAGGCCUUUGAUCCACGAAAACCUGACCCAUAUGAGCUGUAUGAGAAAUCAAGAGCCAUUUAUGAAAGUAGGCGUCCAGAUUACAAGGAGCUGGAUGUUCACCUUCGGAGAAUGGAGUCUGGGUUUGGCUUCAGGAUCCUGGGAGGAGAUGAGCCUGGGCAGCCUAUUCUCAUCGGAGCUGUAAUUGCCAUGGGCUCAGCAGACCGAGAUGGUCGUCUCCAUCCUGGUGAUGAGCUGGUGUAUGUAGAUGGGAUUCCAGUGGCCGGCAAAACCCACCGAUAUGUGAUUGAUCUUAUGCAUAACGCUGCCCGAAACGGGCAGGUGAAUCUUACUGUGAGGAGAAAGGUGCUACCCACGGAGUCCGCCAGCCAGAAAGGUGCCCCAGCGCCUGGUGCGACGCCCCCUCGCAGCUCUCCCAGCGCGAGGAAAAUGGCCAAUAACCAAGGAGAGCCCUGCCCAGAGAAUGGCAGAAGCCCAGGCUCAGUGUCUACGCACCACAGCUCUCCAAGAAGUGACUACACGACUUACGCCAACAGCAAUCACGCUGUCUCCAGCAGCAAUGCUACACCCCCCGAGGGCUUCACGUCUCACAGCCUGCAAACCAGUGAUGUGGUGAUCCACCGCAAGGAGAACGAAGGCUUUGGCUUUGUUAUCAUCAGCUCCCUGAACAGGCCCGAAUCUGGGUCCACAAUAACUGUACCCCAUAAAAUAGGGCGGAUAAUUGAUGGAAGUCCUGCUGAUCGCUGUGCAAAACUUAAAGUUGGAGACCGGAUCUUAGCUGUGAAUGGCCAGUCUAUUAUUAACAUGCCUCAUGCAGAUAUUGUGAAGCUAAUUAAAGAUGCAGGUCUCAGUGUAACUCUUCGCAUCAUUCCUCAGGAGGAGCUGAACAGCCCAGCCUCGGCGCCCAGCUCGGAGAAGCAGAGCCCCAUGGCCCAGCAGCACAGCCCCAUGGCCCAGCAGAGUCCCCUGGCGCAGCAGAGCCCCGUCGCCCAGCACAGCCCCGUGGCCCAGCCUCCACCUCCACAGCCCCUCCAGCCACAGGGACACGAGAACAGUUACAGGUCAGAAGUAAAAGCCAGGCAGGAUGUGAAGCCUGAUAUCCGGCAACCCCCGUUUACAGACUACAGGCAAUCCUCCGCGGACUACCGGCAGCCCCCGCUGGACUACCGGCACCCCCCGGUGAUGGAUUACCAGCAGCCCCCACCGCUGGACUACAGGCAGCCCCCCCUGAUGGACUACAGGCAGCACUCCCCCGACACCAGGCAGUACCCCCUGGCCGAGUACAGGCAGCCCCAGGACUUUGAUUAUUUCACCGUUGAUUUGGAGAAAGGAGCCAAAGGGUUUGGGUUUAGUAUUCGAGGAGGAAGGGAGUACAAAAUGGAUUUGUAUGUGUUAAGGUUAGCAGAAGAUGGACCAGCAAUAAGAAACGGAAGGAUGAGGGUAGGAGAUCAAAUAAUUGAAAUCAAUGGAGAAAGCACAAGGGACAUGACACAUGCCAGAGCAAUAGAGCUAAUCAAGUCUGGUGGCAGGAGAGUGCGACUGUUGUUGAAACGUGGAACAGGCCAGGUCCCAGAAUAUGACGAACCAAACUCCUGGAGUGCUCCCUCUGCCACCUCCCCAGGUCUGCCGGAAGUAGCUCUUUCCCUCGACGACAUAAUCUCACCAUUAUCUUCAUCACACAUAGCCCCACCCUCUGACCCUUCUCACCAGAUAAGCCCAGAGCCAACAUGGGAUAUCAAGAGGGAACACGAUGUAAGGAAACCAAAGGAGCUUUCGGUGAACGGUCACAAAAAGAAAAGGUUAGGAGAACAAAGAGAAAGGUCAGCAAGUCCUAAAAAGGUAGACAGGUCAAAGCACGAAGAGGCUUCUUGGAAAGGAUAUACAGAAGGCAAAAAUAAGACCACUGAUGGUGGCAGGCCCACCUCAGAAAGCAAAGUGGUGGGACACAGCGUUAUGAUCGAGGCUGGCGCAAGAGAGCACAUGUGUGCUGGAACCAGUGAUGAACAGUUUGGGAGGCUGAGGAAGCCAGAAAGCAAGAGAGGAGGAUCUCUUAGCAAAAAAGAAGAUCACAGAUCCACAAACACCAGUGAGAAGAGGUCAGCUGCAGCACCCGACCAUGUCAAGAUCGAUACAGGAGCUACCAAGACAUACAGUAGCAACCGCUGCGGCUCACCUGGAAGUGAUAUGGACCACAGCCAGAGGGACCCUGAUGGGAAACCCAGCGAGUUCCCCAGGAAGGGACAUCUCCACUCCAUUAGCACUCGCAGCACCAACACCGCAGUUCGAAAGGCAACGGUCUCUCCAGGGCCGUGGAAAAUCCCUGGCUCAGACAAGCUACCGAGUGUCCUGAAGUCUGGUACUUCUGCCAUGAGCAGAUAAGCAAGGGACUGUUGCCCUCUAACUGUCUCAAACUGACGCAGAACAUUCUUCUUAGUUUUUGUCUCACAUUGGUUUGUUUUAAUUUAUUUUAACUAUCACACAUAUACACAAAGCAUUGAGGAAUGAAAACAUUAGUGUGUAAUUCCAUGACAAUGUGCACAGUAUCUAAUAAGUUCAAAAGCAUAUAGUCAACACAGAGAUUUAAAAUCGACCCUAAAGUCCCAGUUCCAUUUUAGGGACUUUGGCAGCUAUGGAAGAAACCAAAACAAUAUGAAGGACAGUACAUCAGAGAAGGAUAGUGCAGUGUAGCUUUAGCAUUUUUUUCCCACUGCAUGAAGGACUUGGAUUUCAUUCAAACUUUAUAUCAAGAAACUGGAACAAGUUAGAGCAAUCACAAACUGGAACAUCGCCUUAAAUAAAACUGCACGGAGCAAGCUGAAACCGAGAGAGGAUCUUUUCAUGGAGCUAAAAUGUUGUAAAUAAAUUGUUCUCGACAUAUCUAGACAGGGGUUAAAGGGUUUCUUUAAAGCAUCGUUUGGAACUGUACACCCAUGACACAUCUCCACUGUUAACGCUUUGGGAUAGUCCACGUGGUACCCUGUAGCAUAGUUCACUGGGCGCUACGGGAGGAGUGGGGAAUCCAGUGGAUUAGUUUCUGUGAUACCAUUUCUACUGCCAUUUUUGUGAACAAACCAUGUUUCUGUACAUUGGAAAGGAGUUAAGGUGGAGUUGUAUUUGCAAAUUAUUAUCAAAAGUGAUUUAUUACAGGUUCCCCAAGUCCUGCGAGGUAGCACACAAACCAAUUGGUCAGGCUCAAACCCCAAGCAUCUGCAAGGCCCUUGCAAUGAAAGGAAGAGUGCUACAGAGAAAAAGCUGCAGUUUCCUUAAGGAAAGGCCUUUCCUUCCUGCAGAAGAUGAUAGCAUCACUUAUCAACAGUGCUAUGUUUCAUACCUAUCCACAUUUACUUAGGACGCUCUCAUCUCUCAUCCCCUCAGUUUGGCAGAGCAGGUGCCUUUCAGGCACACGUCAACAAUAAUUAGACUGCUUUCUGAAAUACAGUUGUUGGUGUCCUCAUUCAGUAAAUUCAGUAUUUUUCCAUCUUUAAAAUGGUUUCCAUUUUACCAUUUUUUUUUCCCUAUCUCCAUUUUUUAUUUCUUUUUGUUUUUAUCUUUCUUGCUUGUCUGUUUUGAAUUUUAAGCCUUAAGUGCCAGGUAAACAUUCCAGUCUGCCUUCACAGGAAAUAACUCCGAGUUCAGUCAACCAGUCAUAAUCCUGUUUCAAAAUGUGUGUGUGUGUGUCUGUGUAAAUGUGCAUAUGCUUAUUCGUCUGUCAAAAUUAAAACAAAAUCCUGGGCAAUAAUACAUUGGUAAUUAAAAAAAAAAAUCAUAAAGCUAAGUACUGUCAAAAAUUUGUAUUUAAAAUUAUUGUUCACUAGCAAUCUUAGUUCCUCACAUGCUCUGCUGAAAAACUAGAUUGAGAUUGGCUUUGUUCCAAGAAAUUAGCACAUUAAUGUAUGUCUCAAACAUUGCACUGGACUGAGAAAUUUAUAGACAUGUUUCUUCCUGUCCAAUUGUUUGAAAAGCCUCAAGUCAAGGAUUUUGCAGCUUUCAGACAUUUUUUUUUAGAAAGAAAAAUCCAUUUAUAAUUUCUAAAAAAGCACAAAUCCAUGUAGCUGUUUAUAAAACUCUUAUUUAAUGGAAAAAAAAAAAAUCUUUAUCCCCUGAACUAGAAUCCAAUAUAAUUUGCCAUUAAUUUAUUGAAUCUGAUUUUGGACAAUGCUUCUGUAGUGUAGAUGCACGUCCCGGUAUCUUAUUUUUAUGUAUAAAGAAAGCAAACAAUGAAAUCUGAAAAACAGUUGAGAUUAUGCUUGCAUAAACUCUAAUUUGCACAGUUCACAGCUACUCCUUGUGCAGUAAUUGCUUUAUGCGGCUGUAAUCGAUAACCUGUGAAGACAGCACAUCAUCUAAACCCCAUUCCAAAUAAUAUUUCUGUGUAGUGUUAGCUGUGAAUUUACCUUGUACAGCUCUAUCUCUAUAAAUAUAAUUCCAUGUAUUAAUAGUCACAGAAAGGCUGUAAGUGAGCAACUAUUUUUAUGAAACGCACCACUAUGGAUAAAUUAACUUUUACAGAAAUCUUGUUUACUGUAUGAUAUUCUAAACCACUGUCAAAUAAAAUAUAUAUCCAAAAAUCUUUCAUUUUUUCAAUUGUAUAUAGUUUGUGUUAAUUUUGAGUAACAGGCCUCAGUGUUACCCUGAGAAACAAUCAUUUUCUUGCAUAUGAGUAGAGUUAAUUAGCUACUGCCUUAUAAAAAAUGGAAUCAACCAUUUCAAUUUCUUACUCCAGUUUAUGA